AUGGCUUGUAAUAAGAAACGUAACUAUGAUGACAACUACCUGGAUUUUGGAUUUACAAGUAUCACUGAUAAAGGUGUAGUGAAGCCUCAGUGUGUGAUUUGUCACAAAAUACUCACAGUUGAAUCACUAAGGCCCAGUAAACUUAGAUUACAUCUGGAAACCAAGCAUCCUCAACAUGUUGGCAAAGAUCGUUCCUUCUUUAGUCGACAAGAAUUGAACAUAAAGAGACAGCGACUUGAUGCCAGUGGUUCCUUUCAUCAACAAAAUGCUGCCGUAGUAGAGGCAUCAUUUCUUGUAUCCCUUGAAAUAACAAAGAAAAAGAAGCCUCACACAAUUGGGGAGGAAUUAAUUUUGCCAUGUGCCAAAACAAUGGUAAAGCUUGUUUUGGAUGAGAAAAGUGCUGAAAAGCUGAAUGCUAUUUCACUCUCAAAUAAUACAGUGCAACGCCGAAUCUCCCAAAUAUCUGAUGACAUCAAAGAGCAGGUGAUACAGGAAAUUAAAAGAGCUGGAUUAUUCAUUAUCCAACUCGAUGAGUCCACUGACGCCCAGUCCUGCUCACAACUCCUGGCUUUUGUAAGGUAUGUUCAUGAUGAGGAUCUGAAGGAGGAAUUCUUGUUUUGUGAGCCUCUUGAACAAUCUACAAAAGGUGAAGAUGUAAAGCAGAAACUUACUGAAUUCUUUGAAUCUGAAGGUCUUGACUGGGGCAAUCUCUGUGGGAUAUGCACAGACGGGGCUCCAGCCAUGUUGGGUUCUCAGUCAGGUUUUACAUGA